AUGGCGUGUUCAAAAUUAUUUUCAGGAGAUUUACCUGAGUUAAUAAACGAAGUUGUACAAUAUUUUCGUUAUGAUUACAAAUCGUUACAUUCAUGUGCAUUAGUUAGUAGAUUAUGGUGUCGUUUAGCAAUUCCUUUAUUAUGGGAAGAUCCAUUUUCAAUUAAAUUUCCUAAAAAUUAUCACUUUAUUGAAAUUUAUUUACAUAAUUUAAAUGAUUAUGAUAAAUUAAAAUUAAAUGAAUAUGGAAUUAGUAAUGAUUUAUUCCCUUCAAAUAUAUUAUUUAAUUAUCCUAGUUUUAUUAAAUGUUUAGAUACACAAAGAAUUAGUAAUUCUAUUGAAAAUUGGGUUACAGCUGUUGGGAUGAUAACAACUAAAUCACAAUAUCUCAGAGCUUCCAUACAAAGUACAAAUUUAUCCUCACAAAUGUUAAUCUUUACAAAAUUAAUUUGUAGAUUAUUAUUUUUAACGUUCAUUGAGAAUGAAGUAAAUUUGUAUAAGUUUGAAAUUACAAUGAUCGCACGUAAAGAAUUUGAAAUUUUUGAUGAGAUUUUUGAAUUAAUAUUACAAAAUCCAAAAUUCAUUUGUAAUAUUAAAGAUUUUAAACUAGAUUUUAAUACAACGACCGAAAAUAUAAUGAAAUUUUUAAUCUUUCUUCACUCAAAUUGUAAUUCAAUUUCAUCACUUUAUUUUCUAUUUACAUCAUGUAACAAUAAUUAUCAAAUGACUGAAAAACAUUUAUCGCAAAUGAUUAAUUCUCAAAAAAAUCUUAGAAAGCUUUUACUUGGUUUUAAUGAUUUCCCCUUGCACUAUUCACUAUUAUCAUUACAAAGUCCUAAUUGUUUAAAUACGUUAAACACAAUUAUAUUUUAUUAUGUUGAUUUUAAAAAUAUAACUGUUUUAACUGAAGUUUUUAAUCAAUUGAAUGUUUUAGAAUCAAUUCAUAUUAUUUAUUGUCUUUCUCUAAAUUCUAGAUUUAUUCAACAAAUUAAUAAUGUUACUAAACCACUUAGAUUAAAAUCCUUAUUUUUGGAUGAAGUAUUACAAAUUGAUGAAUCAUUAGAAUUAUUAAUACAAAAAUCUGGUAGUUAUUUAGAAUAUUUUGGAAUUAUAAAUUACGAAUCACAACAAUUACUACGAUUAAUUAUAAAAUAUUGUAGUAAAAUUAAAUUUUUGGGUCCUACUUGGAUGGAUAGUCAAAGUAUUUAUUUAUUUUUUAAUUUAAUUGAAAAUAUUUCUCAAAAUCUUAAUUAUCUUUUAAUUGAUUCCCUUGAUGUUGGUUAUGAUAAUCAUUUUAGUUCAAUUAUAUUACAAAAUUUAGGACAAAUUCUUCCAUUUAAUUUAGAAUAUUUGAAUUUGAGUCUUACAAUUAAUACAAGUGAUUUUGAAGUAUUCUUGAAAAAUUCUCAAAAUACUUUUAUUAAAAAAUUAUUAAUCAGUAAUAUAAAGAAAAAUGAAAAUGAAGAUAUUUUCCCUUAUAUAAGAGAAUAUAUUGUGAAAAGGAAAAGAGUUAAAUAUUUAUCUAUUUUAGAAUCCUUUUAUGGAAAAUAUGAAGAUUUAUUUUCUUUAAAAGAAGUAGUAGAAGAAUUUGAAUUUUAUUCUAUUCAAGUUCUAAAUUAUGAUGAUUUAUUCAUUGAUAUUUAUGACUUUAUAAAUUUUGUAAAAGAAAUAGAUUAG